AUGCUACAGCUUGGCGAUGCGCUAGGCUUUUCCAACACUAAGAUAGGCACGGCCCAGUCUCUGGAGCUGAAUAGCACUACCAAGAUCCUUUAUGAUCGCAGGGACAAGAACCUUUCCUUCACAGCUUGGGAGCUGGCGCUAACUAUCAGGCGACUAGCAUGGCAACUGUAUCAUAUACGACAGGACCUAUCUGAAUGCAUUAAGCAAGACACCGUGGUGACUGUGUUUCCACAGUCGGUAGAUUCGUUGGUGGCGAUAUGCGCAAUCGCGGGGCUCUCGUGGGCAGCGGCGCCACUCGGGCCGGAUGAUAAGGCGGCGACGUACGUGAACAACCUGCACGUGUUGAAGCCUACGUUUGUGUUGGUGCACCCGGAGUGCCUGGAGGCGGUGGCUGGCGCGCAGGCUGUCGGCAUUCCGGUCGUGACUAUGCAAUGGGCACCGGCCCGAUCCGAACCGGGGUCCAACGGAGCAGGAGCGAAAGACGCCCAGCCCAUCCCAGAGCCGCGUUGUUCGUUCGUGGGACGGGCGCACCCUUUGGUGACGCCGUUCCCGGAAGCGUUGACGGGUGGUACGUCCGGUGACAGUGGGGCGCACGGUGAGUUCAACUCGUUGUUGACACCCCACGAAACGGACGUAUGUCUGAGGUACCGCAAGCCGGGUUCGGCCUUGGUCAUUCCACUCACGCACCGCAAUGUGGUAGUCAGCAUGGCCAACGUGCAACGCUGUUACGGCUUCCAGGGCGCCUCCGACGUUGAGGGUGUCGAGGGAGAAACCGUAGACGUGAGCUACUGUGUCGCCCCCGUGCACACUGCACACGGUCUCAUUACCGGCUGCCUCUCGAUGCUCUCGCAACAAGCAGGCGUCGUCAUCGCCGACUUCCAGCCUUCCCGCUUCUGGUCAGACAUCAAUGAGUACCGCUGCACCUGGGCCAGUCUCCUGCCUUACAUGAUCUUUCAACAAGUCAACCACGGACGCCUCGAGACCCCGAACGAGAAGACCCCCGCUGAGGACAAUACUCCCGCUGGAGACAAUACCCCUGCGGGCGGUGAGAAGGCGCCUGCGUUCUUCCGGUUUCUCCGGGUGACGUCGAUGCACAUGGACGCGGCGUUGAUGAAGACAAUGGAGGAACGGACAGGCGUGCCAGUGUUAUGUGCUUACGGCGCGGGUCAGGCAAGUCACCAAAUCACGAGCUCGGGGUAUCCAACUUUCGACACACGUGUACCGGGUUCGGUUGGCGUGCCGACAGGGUGCGAAGUGUGUGUGCUCAACGACGACUUAGAAUGUGUGUCACGUGGUGAAGAAGGUACUGUUUGGAUCCGGGGGCACAAUGUUAUUGAUGGGUUCGAAGGCGAUGGCGCGAAACUCGUGGACGCCGCCGACUUCGUGUUCCACAACACCAUUGAGUGGUCCCUCGCGGAACCGCCCUCUUUCCUUUCCUCCGCCUACGACCUUGGGUCCGGUCGCUUCCGUCAGUACAGUACACUUCCGCAAUCUAACGCUCUCGCCCAACAGAAUCCCGAUGCUCAAAACAUGGGCCUCACCCAACAACACGGAGUCGCUGCCGAGACCACUCAGCACCCCCAGGUCCCGAGCGCGAAUCCCACGGCGCCCAAUUCCAGUCCUAUUUCCGAAGCUCGGAGUCCUCAAGCUCCGAGUCCUCAAGCCCCGGGCUCUGAGGUCCCGAGUCCCGAGAAGGACACGCGACCGAGACGCUCCAGUACAGACCACCGGAUUACUCGGAGGCGUUCCUCGGCGGUCGAACGCACACAAGAAGAGCAUGUGGCCUUCACCGACGGCUCUCCUUUGACAGGCGCGGAGGCGCCCGUGCCGCUUGAGGCCUCGGCUAAAAUGGCGGAGCCGCUGACGCGUCCUGUGCCGCCUGAGUUAGCGAGUACUCUGAAAGAGGCGGAAGACGAGCAGAUCGAGAUCUACCUGAAAAAGAUGGAGCCUCAGGAAGAGGAGGGCGACCACAAGGGCGACGAAGAAAAGGCCGUGGCGCCCGUGGUGGAAGGCGGCGACGAGGCGACCGAGCGCUUCCUGACCUACAAUGAUCAACCGGGUACGAUGUCCGGCGCAAAGUCCUCGCCAGCCAUAUCGGACUGUAGUUUCGGCGGCCUUGACGACCACAACCCCAACGACCAGAACGGCCACCCGGAAGUGCUGGGGAACGGGCACCAGCUGCUCGGCAACGCCCAUCGUUCUCCAGCCGGCUCACCAGCCGGUUCCUCCGCUGGAUUGCCGCUCGGUUCGCCGAGUGGUUUGUCGUUCCUAGGCAGCGCGUCAAUGCGGAGUGGAUUCUUGUCGCGCGAUUUGAUUCCCCCGUCGGGGCGUGCGUUAAGGGGGCAGAAGAUCAACCGGUUUGCGUCGGGAUUGAGUGCGUACACGGGAGACUUUCCGAUGCGGGACGACCCGAUGUUGUCGCCGUUGCCUUUGAUAAUGCGUUGGCACAACACGCACGAUCGAGGACGCAUGGACGCGGAAGGACGGUUGUACAUUGUGGCACAUGACAGUCGCACAGUGCGCGUGGAGACGCAGUUGACCUCAACCGGGCACGUUGAAGACAUCCUCACCAAACACCCCGCCAUCAGCAAAGCACUCGCCGUCGGCGUUUCACACGAAUUCACCGGCCAGAAAUUGGUUGCACUCGUAGAGCUCGCACACGCCACGGCCGUGACCGUCACCGACCUUCUCCGCGACCUAGAGUCCACCUGCAGUCGCUACGAAGUCCCAUCCGAAAUACUCAUACUGAAAACACUCCCAGACCCGCAGGAUACUGUCGCCCGACGCAAGCUUGCCGAACGACUCUACAACGUUUACGAAACACGCGACCAUGAACAGUAG